AUGCCCAGUCAACACAGAAUCCUCGGCAAGCUCGGCAACCACGGCCGCCGCCCACAUGUGGUUGUUCGCGGCAGCAACCUUGGAAUUGCUGAUUUGUGGAGCCGCCAGCAAGCGAAAAAUUUUGUUGGCCUGCAGACCAGCAAUGCAAAUCCCAGCUCUGGAAGCGUCCUGGUCGGUAAUUUUGGGUUGGAGGGGGAUGGCAGUGCCGAGGCCAGCCAAAACGUCAUUGAUCGUCACAUUCCGCAUGAAAUGACAGCAGGCUUCCACAGUGCUGGUAGCUGGAUUUCGUUCGCUCUGCAACCAUCAAGAACAGCUGAAAAUGCAUAUUUAUAA